AUGUUACCCUCGAGACAUACUAUAGCAGCUGUGCUGCUCUACCUGGCCCUGUCCACCACGGCCCACGGCGACGAUGAACACACCGGUAUGGAUAUGGGCAAGGGCGUCGAGACCCACGACAAGGUCCCCCUAGAUGAUAAUGAUCUAUACAACCUCCCGAGCUAUGCCGGGUUGGGCAUGCAUGGGAAUAUGAUCCUGGCGCAUAUCGUUCUCAUGGUGCUGGCAUGGUUCUUGGUCCUACCCAUCGGCGUUGUAUUCAGCGUUGCUCGUUCAAGGUUUGCACUGCCGGUCCAGUUCCUUUUCCUCAUCCUCAACGGUCUGGGAGUCUUGUUCGGUACCGUGUACAACAUUAAUACUCCGGACCUGUACGAAAAUAAUGCCCAUCACAAAAUUGGCUGGAUCGCAACGUGGGUUGUAACCGCCCAGGUCAUCAUGAGCCUCUUGUUCACCUAUUCUGGGAGACGAAAGGCCCCCGAGGCACCCGCUGCGGAGCGAGUAGCCUUCUUGCCUGUGUCAGUGGAGAAUAUGACUCACCACAACGCCCAUCCUUACAAGAACCACCGCUGGUCAGGGGACAGCGGCCAGGGGACUGAACAAUCAUCCACCCUCCACAGCCGAGACGGUUCUCCCGCAACUCCCCAUCGUCGCGACACUUUUGACGACUUCGAGAAACCGGAGCCUGAGCCUGAGCCGGAAGAUGAGGAUGAAGAGCCGGCAACGCCAGGAUCGCGCCCGAGCUCUCGGUGGCGCAUUCAUGUCGUCGACAAGUACCUGUCCGCCCGAGUCCCGAAUCUGCUUUCGGCUAAGCCGUUGCGAAUCUUCGAGGUGGCGUACGAAAUCAUCGACAGGACGAUUCUGGUGCUCGGCUUUAUUGCAUUGACCACAGGAGGGGUAACAUAUGCCGGCAUCUUCCGAGGCAACAACAUCUUCAACGGACUUGCGCACUUUAUCAAAGGAGGAAUCUUCUUCUGGUACGGAUUGCUGACACUUGGACGUUGGAUGGGCUGCUUUGCCGAUCUGGGCUGGGCUUGGAACAUCAAGCCGGCCCGCAGCCAGGUUGGCCAAUGGAAAGCAGCCGUGCCCUCCGCCGAGUUCGUCGAAUCCUUUGUCAUCUUCCUCUAUGGCAGUACCAACGUCUUCCUCGAACAUCUUGCAGCCUGGGGUGGUGAAUGGACCGCGCAGGAUCUGGAACAUGUGUCCAUCUCCAUCCUGUUCUUCGGCGGUGGCUUGUGUGGCAUGCUUAUCGAGUCAAAGUUUGUCCGAGGAUGCCUCAAUGCCGCCGUUGACAACAUGCCGGUCCGAACGGAGGUGCAUCCCAGCGACGCGCUUGAACUGCGCACGCCUCCAAAGCAUUACACUACAUCCCUUAACCCAAUGCCGGCAUUGAUCAUACUCCUCCUGGGUGUCAUGAUGUCCUCUCAUCACCAAAGUUCGAUGGUGUCCACUAUGGUUCACAAGCAAUGGGGCACUAUGCUCGCCGGCUUCUCUGUGGCUCGAUUGUGCACCUAUAUCGUCAACUACAUCGCACCUCCCACGUCGGUCUACCCCUCCCGACCACCCACUGAGCUGGUCUCCGCAUUUUGUCUGAUCUCCGGCGGCCUUAUAUUCAUGGCCAGCACGAAAGACGUCAUUCACUAUAUGGAAAGCGCCGAUCUUAUGGCCAUGUUCGUUUUCACCGUCACCAUGGGCUUGACCGCCUUGAUCAUGUCUUACGAGAUCAUUGUGCUCUCUCUGAAGGGCUGGGCCAGUCGGAAGGAGCUCCAUAGAGCCCAAAUAUCCUCGCGAUACUGA